ACCUUGGGGUGACGCAUCCACCCAUCAGCUGUUUUUGUUUUGCUGUGUGACUAUUGGAAGUUAAUAACAUAAUAACAACAGUGAUCGACUGGCUCAAGUUCAACGGCCCACCAGGGAGGUGUUGCCCUUCAUUUUACAUCCUGUUCACAUUCGGGAUAGUUUACUCGUUGCGUGAUGUGUUGCGUCUGAGCCAAACUGCCCGGACAUUCCGCUCUCCCUGAAGAGUGUGAGCGUGGCGCUUGGAGUCGGGGGCAGAGGAGGGGAAGCGGGUUCGGAGCCCAAGGCCUCCGACCUCGGCCAGCGACAGGGGAGGGUAUUCGGCGGCGGCGAUGGAGUCCCAGGAGUCCCAGGAAGCACCGGACGGUCCCGGAGUGGACAGAGCCUUCAUCUGUGCCUCGUUUAACCAGGACACCACUUCUCUGUCAGUGGGCACCAAGACCGGCUACCUGCUCUUCUCAGUCACUGCUGUGGACAAACUGGACUGCAUCCACAAGGGAGUAGAGUGUCCAGACGUGUAUAUAGUGGAGCGACUGUUCUCCAGCAGCUUGGUGGUGGUGGUCAGUCUGUCCAUGCCACGCCGAAUGAAUGUCUACCACUUUAAAAAAGGUACAGAGAUUUGUAACUACAGCUACUCCAACAACAUCCUCUCCGUCAGGCUCAACAGACAGCGGCUGGUGGUGUGCUUGGAGGAGUCGGUCUACAUCCACAAUAUCAAAGACAUGAAACUACUCAAAACCCUGCUCAACACACCCAUCAACCCCACGGGUCUCUGCGCUCUCUCCGUCAACCACAGUAACUCUUACCUGGCGUACCCAGGCAGCGCAACCAUUGGAGAGAUCACCGUCUACGAUGCCAACAACCUGAGCACUCUGACGCUGAUCCAAGCCCACGACAGUCCCCUGGCGGCCCUCACCUUCAAUGCCUCCGGCACCAAACUGGCCAGCGCUUCAGAGAAAGGCACCGUUAUCAGAGUCUUCAGCAUUCCUGAAGGACAGAGACUGUUUGAAUUCCGCAGAGGGAUGAAAAGAUAUGUUAGCAUCAGUUCGUUGUCCUUCAGUGCGGACACCCAGUUCCUCUGUGCCUCCAGCAACACUGAGACAGUCCAUAUCUUUAAACUGGAGCAGCACAGCCCAAAUCAAGAUGAGGAGUCUCCCACAUGGUCAACGUAUGUGGGCAAAAUGUUCACAGCAGCCAGCACCUACUUGCCCUCCCAGGUGUCCGACAUGAUGCAUCAGGACAGAGCCUUCGCCACAGUGCGACUCAACAUGUUCGGCCUGAAGAACAUCUGCGCCCUGGCCACGAUUCAGAAGCUCCCUCGCCUGCUGGUGGCGUCCUCAGACGGGUGUCUCUACAUUUAUAAUGUGGAUCCACAGGACGGAGGAGAGUGUGUCUUAGUCCAAAAACACAGGUUGUUUGACUCCAGCGAGGAGCAGGUAGAACAGAAGGAAGAGGAGAAUCCAGAGGAUGUCGCUCAACAACCUUCCAGCCAAUCAUACGCUGCCACUGUGGCUCUUCCUUCAACCCCACCCUCCUCCACCACUCUUAUGGGUUACUCUGAGGAGGGCGGAGCCCAGAAGGGUGAGGUUUUCCCAGAGCACGAGUUUGCCGAGGGACCCAUCUGUCUGGAUGACGAGAAUGAGUUCCCUCCAUUUGGCCAGCAGAUUAACUGACCAAACCCCCUCUUGUGAAACAUCCAAUCCGUGCAUAACAAUCAGACUGUUACAAGCACGGAAAUGUGGACAAUAAAUAUCCCUGUGUUGAGACAUUGUGGCACCCUACUUUUCCAUAUCACAUACCCAUGUACCCCUGCUGGCCUAGGGUCAAAUGCCAGAAUGUUACUUCCUGGUGUUUAUGUAUUCUGCGUUCCUCUUACUUUUUUGUAAGGAAUUAAAAAAAAAAAGAGUGGAAGACUCACUCAU